AUGUUCUGGAGCUUGAGUCGGCUCACGGAGCCGGCGCUCAAGCGGCUCUACAAGUUCGUGCUCAAGCGCGUGCUGGGGCAGUUCCUCCUGCAUGACCUCGACCUCAACCAGCUCCAGGUGCACCUUGGCCAGGGCACGCUGCACCUCGUUGAGCUCGAGCUCAACACGACGGCCAUCAACGCGCUCCUCGUGGGCCUGCCGUUCCAGAUCAAGCGGGGCUUCCUUGGCUCUGUGCGCGUCCAAGUCUCGUACACGAAUCUUGCCAACGAAAGCUGCAUGGUCGAGAUCGACGACGUGGACAUCGUGCUGGAGCCAACGUCCGGGGCCGCCCCGGCGCCCAUGACGCCGCCGGCCACGCCACCGGCAUCGAGCGCGCCGCUGACGAACGACUACGAGGCUGACGAAGUGUCUCAAGAAGGCCUCGACUUUGUCGCGACGUGGAUCGAGCGCGUCACGUCCAAGAUCAAGAUCACGCUCGCGAACGUCUGCGUGUCGUUCGAGGACCCGCUGCACUGCCCGUGUGCGCUCAUGCUCCGCUUGCAGUGGCUCGAGGUCUGCGACGAGACGCCCAUGGACAUGACGAUGACCGCGAGCACAUCGAUGGCCGCGUCGACCGCCGCGCUCUUUGGCGUGCUGCACAAGAGCCUCCGCGUGAAAGGCUGGCGCAUCGAGCUCGCGCAUCUGAACCGUGACAGCAUGGAGAACGAGUGGUCGGACGACGAGAAGAGCGCGGCGUGCACGGUCGUCCCGAUCCUUGUGAGCCCGCCCGAGCACGUGACGUAUAUCCAGCUCAAGCAGGCGCAAGUGCCCACGCUUGGCCUCCCUGACGUCGACGUCGACGUGUUUGUGCAUUCGGUUGGCAUCGUCUUGCAGCCGUCGCACGUCGCGCAGCUGCACGAGAUCCUCUCGACCUUUACGCGCCCGCCGUCGACGUCGCCGAAGCGGGCGUUUGCCCCGACGACCGCGUCGUUGUACCAGUCGGUGUGCGACCAGCCGCCGACGUGGCUUCAAGACACGGCGGGCGACGACGCGCCGGACGGGGCGUUCACACUAUCGCUCACCGAGUUUCAGCGCAUCGAGCGGCUCUUGCAGCAGUACAAGGAGAGCCACGACGAGCUCCGGCAGAGCGCGCUCCUCGCGAGGGACCGCCCGUCCUCUUCCAUCCAUCACGCGCCACCCAAGCUGCGGCCGAUGCGGCACAUCUCGUCGGCCGAGUCGGUCGACAGCGUCGGGCUCUCGGACCUCGACGACGACGACUUUCACGACUGCGCUUCUGGUGCGUCGCUCCUCGCGUCGAGUAUGUACCAAAGCGCGCUGCCUGCGCCGUCGGACCAGCCGGACGCGACCAAGGUGCUCACGAAGUGCAAGCUCCACGUGGCCCACGUGCAAAUCUCGCUCUUGUAUGAAAACGUCAUUGAUGACGAGCACCCGUCCCACGCGCCGCCGACCGACCUCCCGGACAUAGCCGCCCACGAGCGCCUCGAGGUCUGCAUCCAAGACGCUGUCGUUCAGAUCGCGCUGUUGCCGCGCUGGAUGAGCUGCUCGCUCUCGCUGCCGACGCUAACGGUCGACGAACUCAUUUGUCCGCGGCUGUCGCUGGACGCGAUGGACGCUGGCGCGCUCCUCUCGAGUCGCAUUUUGCAGCUGAGUGGUGCUGAGAAGGACGUGGUACUCUACUACAAGGUCGAGGACGACGGCACGUCGUCGUGCACGGUGCACUGCCAGCCAGUGCAGCUCGAGUACGACAUGUACAUGCUCCAGCGUCUCCAAACGUUCUUGUCGACGCUGGACGCGUUGGCCAAGACGCCGCCACCGUCCGUGACACCGCCGACGUCACCGCCCAUGACGCUCGAGGUGCAUGUCCCGCUACUGCGCGUGCACGUCCGGUUUCCACUGGUCCCGUCGGACCCGAUCCGCUUUGGCCCGUCCUCGAACCGCGGCAACUGCGAAGAUCUCUUGGUGCUCGAGCUCACCAAGCUCAAGCUCUCGGCACGCUCGCUUGUGUGCGACCACCUCCGCGUGCUCUUGCACUACCCGAUGGACGGCGACCAGCGCUCGCUCCACCGGAUCACCGAGACGAUCUGCGACAGUACGAGCAUGCCAGGCGGCGUCUCGAUCGACUUUGCGCUGCAGGCACCGACCCACGACGACCUCCAAGCCGCACACGACCUCAAGGCCAACCUCCGCGACACGUUUGCGAGCGACGCGUCGCUCGAGAAGGGCCACGUGGGGUCGCACGACGGCGCCGAGCCGGGGCAGCAGGCGCAAGCGCUUCAGGCCGUCGCGAUCGCCGCGUCCAUGUACCAUGUGACGGUCACGGUGCCGUCGGCGACGAUCACGCUCCAAAAGGCCGCGUACGACCGGCUCAUGAUCCUCACCGAGGCGCUUCUUUCGAUCAACCCGGUCGACAUCACAGGCCUCUCGCGAACGUCCGUGCUCUCGCCGUGCUUUAUGUCGCUCGACGUCCACCUCCAAGAAGGCACGUUGGUACUGCAGCCGUCGACGACGACGGCGGCAACGUACUCGCUCGCGUUUACGCAGGCGCACGUGUUCCAGGUGACGCAGUGGCUCGGAUCGCUGACGUCGCGCAUGCAUGUGUCGGUGACCGACCUCUCGCUCUUUGAGGCGUCGACGCCGAUCCUGUACAAGACGUGCUGGGGCGUCCCGAAGCCGAGCCCGGUGCUGCUCGUGCUCAUGGAGACGACCGAGAUCGCCGAGGACAUGCGCGACAUCAGCUUGCAGCUGCACUUUUCGCACAUCACGUGGCGCUACGACAUGCACUCGAAUUGGCUCGACGACUGCCUCAGCGUGCUUUUGACCGAGUACCCGCGCGCGAUCGUGCCGCUGGACACGCCCAGCAUGGCGACGCACGCGAUCGAUCGCACGCAGACGCCGGUCGCGCUCGCCGUGCCGCUGAAGACGGUCUUUACGAAGCUCAUGCUGCAGUGCUACCACGGCGUGAUCGACUACGCGCCAGCCGGCAUCGACGCCCGCGCGCUCCUCGUACUCGGCAAAACCGCGCUGAGCUCCAACCUUGUCACGAACGCCCAAGUGCAAGGCUACAAGGUGUCGGUGGCCGAGCUGAGUUUGUUUUGCCACCCGAGCCGCCCGGAAGCGGUGUAUGCGCUUGACGACCAGUGGCUGCGACGCACGCUGCCGCGCACGGACGGCUCGAUGCAGGAGACGAUCGAGCACCUCGGGUUUCUCCAAGUCGCGUCGCUCGACUUUGCCGACGUGUUUGUGCGCGUGAGCGACGCGGUCAACGAGACGCAGCUGCAGCUCGAGCUCUGCCUCGGCACGAUCCAGCUCAAGGUCUGCUUCGAUUCGUUUGAAACCUUGGUGCUGGUCGGCGGCACAUGGUGGGACGAGUUUGCGUCCCAGGCCUCCCCUCUGGACGAGACAAGCGAGAUGAAGCGCGACGCCGGGCCCGUGCCGCUGUCGCCAACGGGAGACCGUGCGCCGCUCAACAUUAUGGAGCAAAUCGAUCUGCACAUGUUCAACAAGCCGAUGAAGGCGACCGUGACGGACACGGAAGCUCGCCUGCUGCACAACCAAGUGCGCGAAGCCAAAAAGCCGGCGGCAUCGCGGGCCAAGCCGCUCGUGAUCGAAGACUUCUUCUCGGGCGACGCGCCGCGUCCUUCGGUGAAUGAGAACCCGUGGUUCACGUCCGAGCCGACGCCCGUACCGCGCCGCACCCCGUCGCCCGUGCUCCAUGAAGCCAGCGCCCGCUGGUUGCCAAAGGAGUCGACCAAGCACCCGUCGUCGCCAACCGUGGCGUCGUCGUUUGAAGCCGUUGAGAGUGACGACGACGACGACGAGGGUGGCAUGGACCAAGGCACCCUGUCGCUCGACGACCUCCUCACGAUGAGCCUGAGCAUCAACGAUACCGAGGAAGUCGAGCUCGAGAUGAACUUGGAUGGCGACAUGCGCCUCGAGCUCGACCGACUGCUGCUCGCGGACGCACAAGAGAUGACCGAGGACGAAGAGCUGAGCCCCAAAGCCGCCAGUGUCGUCGACAUGGCGUCCCCGUUGGCAUCGCCGACGCACAAUGAAAACACGGCGCGGUGGUACGACGACGACGCGACGCCGCCGAUCUACAUGCACCACAUUGAGAUUCCAAUCAGCGGCACGGCGGCGGCGCUCUCGUUUGGCGAGAAAGAGCUCGCGUGGGCCCACGAGACGCUCGCCAAGGAGUGCGCCCACCCGAUGCCGACGCCCGUGCUCAUCAAGAGCAUCCUGCUCCGCGACUUUAACGUGCAGAUGCGCCUUUUCGGCGGCUUUGACUGGGCGACGACGUCGACGCCGCCGAAAGCGCCGGUCGUCCCGAGUACAGUGGCCAAGCCCGUGAAGAAGACGCAGCAACUGUUGGACGCGCUCCUCGACAACUAUGUCGACGAGCAUGCGCGCAGUGCCAAGCCGCGCGUAGGCCGUCCGUCGACGAACCGCAAGACGGAAGAGAUGCUCGAGCUCAGCCUCACCAACAUCAAGCUCCGCCUCGACUUGUACGAAGAGAGUUUGGCGCAGCCGUUGGCGUCCAACACGGUGCUCGCGAUUGGCGACCUCGAAGUGCUCGACUACAUCAGCACGUCGCAGAUCCGCAAGCUACUGUGCUACUGGAAGUCCGACACGCUGCACCCGCGCGAGACGGGCACGCCGGUCUUCCACUUGCAUCUGAUGACGCUGCGCCCGGACGCGCUACACCCGGCCCCCGCGCGUCUCCGGAAGAGCACCGGCUCAAACUCAAGCUCCUUCCGCUGCGCAUCAACCUCGACCAAGACGAAGCGAGGCGCCAUUGCCGGACGCCCCGUCGCGUCGUCCGGCUUGGUGUCGCUCCAGCCGCCGACGCUUGUGCUCGCCGAGGGCGACGUCAGCAGCGCGGCCGCGUGGUUCUUUCAAAGCGUCGAUAUUCGCGCGUGCAAGAUCAAGAUUGACUACCGGCCGCAGCGAGUCGACUAUGAGGCGCUCCGGGCCGGCGACUACCUCGAAGUCAUCAACCUCUUUGUCCUCGAAGGCAUGGAGCUGACGCUGCGUCACAUCAAACUCACGGGCGUCGAUGGCUGGGACGCGCUCGGCCAUCAAACGCUUCUCUCGUGGGUCCAGGACAUUUCGCGGCACCAGAUCCACAAGUGCCUGGCGAGCGUCGUGCCGAUGCGGUCGAUCACCAACAUUGGUGCGGGCGCCGCCGACCUCAUCUUGCUGCCCAUGGCUCAGUACGGGAAAGACCGACGCGUUGUGCGCGGGCUGCGCAAAGGCGCCAAGUCGUUUUUGAAGUCGGUGACCAUCGAGACGCUCAACACGGCGUCGCGCGUGGCCCGGGGCACGAAGGCGCUGCUGGAGCAUGCGGACGAGCUUGUCAAGAUGGCCAACAACAAGCAGGACAAGCAGACGCGACGCAACGAGGCCAAGGCCAAGCGCCGCAGCAAGACCGCCACGAGCGCCAACUCGGUCGCUCUCUCGCAUGCGCUGAGCCGCAGCCAGGUCAAGCCCGCGGCCGCGCCCGGCAUUGCGCCGCCCAAGAUCAGUGCGGCCAAGGCGCUCGCCCGCCAGAACCUCAAGAUCAAGCAGAAGGAGCUGCGCCAGGGCCUCGUGCACAACAAGCGCAACACGGCCGCGGGCCUGAGCCUCGAAGGCCUCCUCGGCAAGGCGCAGACAGAGAGCCAAAAGUACGACGCGACCGAGGCCGAGCGCAUUGCGGCGGCCGACGAGUUUGGCCGCGAGCUUAUCCUCAACGACCACUCGCGCAAGCAGUACAUGAAGGAGCUCAAGAAGGUCGUCGAGCGCGCCGACGUCAUCCUCGAAGUGCUCGAUGCGCGCGACCCAAUGGGCUGCCGUACCAUGGACAUGGAAGACCUUAUGCGCUCCAAGGGCAAGAAGGUCGUGCUCGUCCUCAACAAGAUUGACUUGGUGCCGGCCGAGACGUUGCAGCCGUGGCUCGCGCACCUCCGGACGUCCUACCCCACGAUCGCGUUCAAGGCGUCGACGCAGGACAAGAACAUUUCGUCGAGCGGCAUCUCCAAGGGCGAGAAGGCCCAAGGCAAGCUCAUGACGGGCAGCCGCGCCGUCGGCACGGAGGCGCUCAUGCAGCUGCUUAAAAACUACUGCCGCAGCGCCAAUAUCAAGACAGCGAUCACCGUCGGCGUCAUUGGGUACCCCAACGUCGGCAAGUCCAGUGUCAUCAACUCGCUCAAGCGCUCCAAGGCGGCGAGCGUCUCGUCGAUCGCCGGGCAUACCAAGGUCAUCCAGGAGAUCCAUUUGGACAACAAGAUCAAGCUCAUCGACUGCCCCGGCAUUGUCUUUGACACGUCCGACUCGCAGCGCCUCAUCUUGCGCAACUGCGUCAACGCCGAAGCCUUUAGCGACCCGAUCCCGGCCGUCGAAAUCAUCCUCGGCCGGUGCUCGAAGGAGCAGAUCCAAGCCCUCUACGACGUGCCGGCGUACACGGACACGAUCGAGUUCCUCGUGCACCUCGCGAUGGCCCAAGGCAAACUCGGAAAGGGCGGCAUUCCGGAUCGCAAGGCCGUCGCGCGCACGGUCCUCCAAGACUGGAACCGCGGGAAGAUCCCGUUCUUCACGCCGCCGCCGGCCAUCAAGGACACGCGUCUCGACGACGGCGUCAUGAUCGUCAACUCGUUCUCGGCCGACUUUGAUCUGGACCAGGCGCUCAACCCAACGACGUACCUCGACACGGCAGACGACGGCGGCGACGACGUCGAGAUGGCCCCGCUCCCGGGCAUGGCACCGGCCAAAACUACGACGACGACGGCUGUGGAUGCGACGGUCGACUCGGACUCGGACGACGAUGACAUGGACGACGACAUGGACGACGACGACAAUGACCACCGCCACGAGACGCAGACGCACCACGCGCCGCGGCCCAAGUUUGCCGAGGACCGGCUCAACCCGCAGACGGCGCUGCUCGCGCGGCGAAAGGCCAAGUCCCUCCGCAAGCAGAAGCGCAAGGACGCCAAGCAGCAGGUUGGCGCCGGCAUUGAAGACGACUUUUGCAGUCAGCUCGACAACUUCAACAUGUCGGGCUAA